GGGGAAGCCAUCUGCAGCGCAGGCGGUUUCGCCGCCGCUGUGCGGGGGGAGAGAGGGGGCUCUCCCGUGCGGGAGGCUGGGGGAUUUUUUUUUUUUUUCCUUCCUACCUUUCCUCCCCCCACCACCACCCUCCUCCUCCUUCCUUUUCACGGGAUCAUGGCCACGGCGGCGGGGCCGUGAUGUCCGCGGGAGCAGCCCCGCUGCGGCAAUGCUCCCCGCCGCAGCUCUAGGCAGGGGAGGCGUUUGAGCGGCGGCCGCACAUCCUCCGGCACCGCGGCGGCACCGCCGCCUCUCCGCGCCCCGGACCGGCGGAGAGGCGCCUCGCCGCCCGCCCGCCAACAGCACACCCGCCGAGCCGGGCUUUAAAUUGAUAAUAACCACACUAGAGCCCCACCGGUGCUCAGAGGCGGGAGGGAUCGCAGAGCCGCGCACAACAUGGCCACUCUCCUGCGGAAAAUCGGGCUGAUCCGGCUGCACAGCCGGGACACGGAGGACCCCAAGCACCACCACCACCGCAGCAGCAGCAGCCAGCAGGGCUCCUCGCUCCGCGGCAGAGGCAACCAGAAGAACAGCAGCAACAAGCCGCAGCCGCAGGGCCCCCCCGGGGGCGGCUGCAGCAGCAGCAGCAGCGAGGGCAGCCCCGGGGGCCACAAGAACAAGAAGGCGCCGGAGCCGGCCAAGCAGCCCCCGCCGCAGGCGCGCUCCGGAGUCGGCCGGGAGAAGCCGCGGGAGGUAGGCAGGGAGCCCGGCGCCGGCAAGGAGGCGGCGCAGCGGCCCGGCCCCGGCUCCGGCCCCGGGUGCGGGUCGGGGCCGGCGGCGCUGGUGCCCGCGGGCCGGCAGCAGCACUGCACGCAGGUGCGGACCCGGCGGCUGAUGAAGGAGCUGCAGGACAUCGCGCGGCUCAGCGACCGCUUCAUCUCGGUGGAGCUGGUGGACGAGAGCCUCUUCGACUGGAACGUGAAGCUGCACCAGGUGGACAAGGACUCGGUGCUGUGGCAGGACAUGAAGGAGACCAACACGGAGUACAUCCUGCUCAACCUCACCUUCCCCGACAACUUCCCCUUCUCGCCGCCCUUCAUGAGGGUGCUUAGCCCCCGCCUGGAGAACGGCUACGUCCUGGAUGGCGGGGCCAUCUGCAUGGAGCUGCUCACCCCCCGCGGCUGGUCCAGCGCCUACACCGUGGAGGCCGUCAUGAGGCAGUUCGCCGCCAGCCUGGUCAAGGGGCAGGGCCGUAUCUGCAGAAAAGCUGGCAAAUCAAAAAAGUCAUUCAGUCGAAAGGAAGCUGAAGCAACAUUUAAGAGUCUGGUGAAGACCCAUGAAAAAUAUGGGUGGGUCACCCCACCCGUCUCUGAUGGCUGAUGUUAGCAACCUGCACUUGACAAAAAUGCUGAACAAAAGUACUGUGACAUCUCCUCAGUGCUGUACACCGCCCAUCCUUUUCUACUUCAGCUUCUGUUACAUACCAUGAAUGUCAAGGAGACAUCUAAGUUAUUUAUGAACAGAUGUGUUUACAGAGGGAGAGAAAAAAAAUGCUGUGUAGGAUUAUAUUUCAAGACUGGAGAAUGGUCAUCAUUGAAGUCACUUGAGCGGAUGCUGAGAUUGCGUCAUUUGCCCCCAUACAGCCCACAUUGUCUUCAGCUUCUUUCCAUGACAGCAGCACCAAACAGCAGUACUGGAAAGUCUAUCCAUUACUGCUCAGUUCAUUUAAAUGUAAAUGAAACAGUUAAUAUUUAAUAGGGAAGCAGUGCAUUGCAGGUACAUGUUUGCUGUGCUGUUUAUCUUUGUCUCCUAGCAGGUCAACAUAACUUGAAGAUUUGUCUUUAUGUGGAACUGUGGUCUGCUGUGACUAAAUUUAGACCUCAUUUGUGCUCUAUAUAUGACCUUUAAUUCAUAAAUGAAACCAGAAUUAAAAUGCUGAAAGGUCCUAGUGUUGAAAAAUUAUUAAGUGGAAUCACCCAACCGGUUACAAUGUGCUCUCUGUGCUGAUAUUGUGAUGUGCUGUUCAGAAAUAAACCAGUGCAGUUA